AUGAUUGACAAUGCUCGCUGCUUGUUUAAGGACGUAGUUUUGAAGGGUAUUAGUUAUGAUUGUGAUACCGUAUACAUGAUGAUGUGUGCAAGUCUGAGAGAUGUUCGUGCUGCUUGUAUGAAGCUGGAAAGCCAUGUUGCUGUUGGCUUGUUGAGUGAGAUGAAGGAUAGGGGUUGGGUUCCACCGGAGGGUACCUUUACACUUGCAAUUUGUACUUGUGUUAAGCAAAGGAAUAUGACAGAGGCGUUGAGGCUGAAGGACGAGAUGAUUAACAGUGGACAUUCGUUGAAUUUGGUGGUUGCGACUAGCUUGAUCAAGGGAUAUUAUCAGCAGGGUGAUCUGAAUAGCUCGUUGGCGUUGUUUGAUAAGAUAGUUGAAGACGGACUUGCUCCAAAUAAGGUCACCUACGCGGUCACCAUAGAAGGAUGCUGUGUUCAUGGGAAUAUGGAGAAGGCAAAAGAGUUAUACCAUAGUAUGAAAUCUGCAGGUAUACAACCAACUGUAUACACUGUGAAUUCUAUAAUUAGAGGUUAUUUGCGAAUUGAAUUGCUAGAUGAGGCGAUGGGAAUAUUUGAUGUUGCUGUGAAGGAUUGCGUAGCAAAUAUUUUCACUUACAAUGAUAUGCUAUCCUGGUUCUGUGGAAAUGGUAGAUUAGAUGAUGCAUACGAGAUGUGGAAUAAGAUGAUUGAUCGGGGGGUUGAACCAACGGUUGUUUCCUACAAUAAUAUGAUUCUUGGGAACUGCAGAAAAGGGAAUAUUGAUGUUGCAUUGAACUUACUUUCUGAAGUGGCUGUAAAGAACUUAAAACCAAAUGUAGUUACGUAUAGUAUAUUGAUUGAUGGGCAUUUCCGAAAGGGUGAAACUGGAAAGGCCAUUGGACUGUUUGACCUUAUGAUAAACUCGGGGAUUGUUCCAACUAAUGUCACGUUCCAUACGGUCAUCAAUGGGUUAUGCAAAGCUGGCCAAACCGCUGUAGCAAAAGAGUCGAUGGAAAAGUAUGUGUCGAUGGGUUUCAAGCCUGGUUGCAUGACUUAUAAUUGCCUUAUUAAUGGCUUUAUCAAGGAAGGUGCUAUUGACUCAGCCUUAGCUGUCUAUGAUGAGAUGUGUAGAGCCGGACUUGUGCCCAAUGUUGUUACCUACACCACUCUGAUUGAUGGAUUUUGUAGAGGACAGACUCUGGAUCUUGUGCUAAACGUGUGGAAUGAGAUGCGUGCCAAAAAAAUUACAAUGGAUGUAACUGCAUAUAAUGCUCUGAUCGAUGCUUUUUGCAAGAGAAACGACAUGAAAUGUGCAUCUCAACUUUUUGAUGAACUUAUAGAAGCUGGUUUAUCUCCAACGACCGCUGUUUACAACACCAUGAUUGGUGGUUUCAGAAACCUAUAUGAUAUGGACUCAGCGCUUAACUUGUAUAAAAGAAUGAGGAGCGAAGGGACUCGGUGUGAUUUGAAAACAUACACCACUUUGAUGGAUGGGCUGUUGAAAGUUGGAAAUAUAGAGCUUGCAACAGUUUUCUACCAGAAGAUGCUUGCAAAGAACAUCAUGCCUGAUGUCAUCACGUACUCUGUUUUAAUACAUGGUCUUUGCAAUAAAGGACAGUUGGAAAAUGCUCGUAAGGUCCUUGACGAGAUGCUCAGUAAGAGCGUCACUCCUAAUGCGCUUAUUUAUAAUACACUUAUUGGGCGAAACUUCAAGGAAGGUAAUUUCCAAGAGGCUUUUCGGUUGCAUGAUGAAAUGCUUGAUAGUGGUCUUGCCACUGAUGAUACCACUUUCGACAUUCUCCUGAAUGAUAAGCUUAAGAAGAAAACAUCCCACCGGGAGUUCUUCUACGGUCGGGCUAUGUGA